UUGUCUAUGCAUGCGUUUACCUGAGCGCCACUGACUAGGCGUUCUGAAUCAAAGCUAACCUUUGACAUUUGUGCCUCGCUUAUCGUCAGUGGCGACACUGUGACUCGCUCCAUACCUGCCAAUGGAGCACAUCCGACUUCCAAAGGUGGAGAAGGUCAGGCUGCUGGACAGAGUGUUCACCAAAAGGAGCAGGGUGGGCACCCUCUAUCUCACGGCCACCCACAGCAUCUUUGUGGAGAGUGAGGGUGGAAUGCGCAAUGAAACAUGGGUGCUUCACAGUUUGGUUUUCAGUUUGGAGAAACAAGAGGCCACUCCAUCGGGUUGCCCGCUGCUUAUACACUGCAAAAACUUCCAGGUUCUUCAUUUUGUCAUCCCUCAAGAGCGGGAGUGCCAUGAUGUAUAUGUGUCCCUGCAGCGGCUCUCCCGUCCAGAGCGUUAUGAGGAACUGUAUUGCUUUUCCUAUAAACCAAAUGUCGAAGAGACGGAGAGACGGCAGGAAUGGGACUUCUUGGACCUCAGAGCUGAGUACAGCAGAAUGGGAAUCCCAAACUCCCUUUGGAAACUCUCCUCAGUAAACCGGCACUACAAGGUGAGUGACACUUACCCUGCUGAACUCUUUGUACCCAAGUCAACAACUCCAUCAGUCAUCACAGGAAGCUCCAAGUUCAGGAGCAGGGGGAGAUUUCCUACUCUUUCAUACUACUCCAAAGAAAAUCAUGCUGCCAUCUGCCGUAGCAGCCAACCCCUUUCAGGCUUCAGCGCUCGUUGCCUGGAGGAUGAGCAGAUGCUGGAGGCCAUACUGAGGUCCAAUCCCCGCAGUGACUUCAUGUAUGUGGUGGACACCAGGCCCAAGUUAAAUGCGAUGGCAAAUCGAGCAGCAGGAAAAGGCUAUGAAAAUGAGGACAACUACUCCCACAUUAAAUUCCAGUUCGUCGCCAUUGAGAACAUCCAUGUGAUGAGGAGCAGCCAACAAAAAAUGCUGGAAGUGUGUGAGCUGCGUUCCCCCUCUAUGUCUGACUUCCUGGAAGGCCUGGAGAGCUCAGGCUGGCUGAAGCACAUCAAAGCUGUUUUGGAUGCAGGCAUCUUCAUCGCCAAGGCCGUUGCAGAGGAGGGUGUCAGCGUCCUGGUUCACUGUUCAGAUGGCUGGGACCGUACUGCUCAGGUGUGCUCUGUGGCCUGUGUGCUGUUGGAGCCAUACUACCGGACCAUCAAAGGAUUUAUGGUUCUCAUCGAGAAAGACUGGGUCUCAUUCGGCCACAAGUUUUCUCACAGAUGCAACCACUUAGUUGGAGACCCUAAAGAAGUGUCUCCCAUUAUCGAUCAGUUCUUGGAGUGUGUGUGGCAACUGAUGGAGCAGUUUCCCUGCGCCUUUGAGUUCAAUGAGAGGUUUCUGAUCACCAUUCACAGCCACAUCAACUCCUGCCAGUAUGGCAACUUUAUUGGCAACAACCAGCGGGGAAGGAUAGAACUCGGGCUGCGUGAGAGGACCCACUCUCUGUGGCGUUAUCUGUGGUCAAACCGGGCAGACUACACCAACCCCUUAUACAGAGCAGACCAAGGCCAGGCGCAGGGACUCCUUCGGCCAUCUACCGCCCCCUGUUGGUUCAAAUUUUGGGCUCGGUUGUACAACCGGUUUGACCGUGGAAUGCAUCCUCGUCAGUCUGUAGAGGAUUACCUGCGGGCCAUUAAAGAGGAAACUGAACAGUUAGAGGAGUUGCUUGCUUCACACAAACAGAAAAUUUCUAAACUGGAGGAGAAGCAGGCGAGGAAUUAUACCGCAAAAGCCACCUUUGAUAAAAGCCCGACAGCCUGGGUUAUUGGUCAUGAUCUCGGCCUGGCAAACACCCCUCAAGACUACACAUCAGGCUUCCUCACCAGCAGCACCUGUCAGCUAAAGACACCAUGCAGCGGCCUGACCCUCUCGCCCCAAGACUUAAGCAAAACAUAUGACUCCAGUCACUCCAACGGCAGUGAUCGGGAGUCUGGGAUAGCGGAUCUGAGCUGCCGUUCGCCCUUUAGUGAGGAGAGUACCAGAGAUCAAGACUCUGACGAUGAUGACUACUCGGCUGCCUAAAAAAAUGUAGUAUGUUGUGGCAGAUGUAGCAGCUACCACAUGGCCCCACACAGCCAUUAAACAGACACUACCUAUAUAUGCACAAAAAAGGAUAAAAAUAGUAAGUUAGUAGCAAAUUUCAGUCAAAACUUUUGUUUUGCAUGUGGUGUGGUGGACCCUUCCUGUUACCACAUAAACUAGUUUAACAUUGUAUACUGUAGUUGUCCACAUUGCACUUCCACACAAUGAAGAGUUUAAUUAUUUCCUGUCUGUGAUGUUCGGGGCCAAAUAAAACCGUUGUGCAGACAGAGUUUAAAAUAGUGAAGUGCAUCAUGUGCCUCCUGGGCCAUUUUGUGGACCCAUUAUCCACUCCAAAAACAUUAUUACCCCUGAGUGAUCCACUUCAACACAUCUUUUUGUGUUGAAGAGGAUGUGCAAGUACAUCCCCUCUUUCACAACGAUCUUCCAUUUCUUUAUGUAUCAAAUAUUUUGCUUAGCAGCAUAAACACAAAAAUACAUGGAAUAGCCUAAUAAGAGAUGACGGACCGCUACAAAUGGGAAGUACUUGACAUUUAUCAUUGGAACAUCAGUGGAACAUUUUGAGUAAAGAAAGCUUUAGCUUGCAAAACAAAACAAAUAUUUGAAUAAAGGACAAUUUUGAACAAAAUCAAAAUAUAAUGUCACGUAAAUAUCACAUUGUGCUGAUUUGCAUAUGGGAAUUUUCGUCUACAUGUUUUGUGGUCACCUCAGUGUGAUUGACUGAAAAAAGCGAUUUCAACAAUAGAAUGUGUUUACAUUGGGGGGGGGGGGUUGAGCAUGUUCCUCAGCUGAAUGACUGUGACUGAACAAAGCAGCAACUGUAAACAUCAACAUAUUUUCUGAGUAUGAGCUGUGCAUAGUAGUGAUGGCUGGAGCCAACAGUAGAGAGCAUAUCACAGUGUUAGUGGCAAAGUAUUGAGGUCCUAUUCCAGUGUCUGCAAAUAUGGUGUUUUACUGUACUGUACAAUCCUGCCAGAGAACAAUGCAGCAUGUAAAUAUAUUUUUUUAACCUUUGAAAAUCUUGCUGUGCAUGUAAUUUAUUAUAAACCGUAAAAAAAAAAAAAGUACUAGACUAAGUUACAUUUAUUUUGACAAUAGAUUUAUGUAUUCAGAUGUAGAAUGAGAGCCCAUGUUGGUUGUAUUAUUGUAUUCCAAAGGUUUGUUAAUUCCAAUUCUUUGUAAAACAAAAUAAAGGUAAUGCU